AUGGACUCGGAAGCACAAGCACGGUUUGACCUUAUCCGCGAGAACCUCGCGGAGGUCUUGAACCCGGAGUUGAUUGAACAAAUUUUGAUUGAAAAGAGAAACCCCAGAAUCUAUUGGGGUACGGCAACCACCGGAAGACCACACGUCGGGUACUUCCUCGCUGCGCUCAAAAUCGCUCAAUUGCUCCGUGCACAUUGCGACGUCGUUGUCCUGCUCGCCGAUGUCCACGCCUUCCUUGACAACUUGAAGGCGCCGCUUGAGCUUGUGGAGAACCGUGCGAAAUACUAUAGCAAGAUCAUCACGGCGAUCCUCGAGUCGGUAGGCGUGCCUACUGAUAAGCUCGAGUUCGUUCUUGGCAGCUCCUACCAAAAAAGCCCCGAAUAUGUCAUGGAUGUGUAUCGCUUGUCAAGUUUGAUCUCCGAGGCAGAUGCUAAGAAGGCUGGCGCAGAGGUUGUCAAACAGACCGACAAUGCUCCAUUGAGUGGUCUUCUCUACCCGGUGCUUCAGGUGCUCGACGAAGAGCAUCUCAAAGUUGAUGCUCAGCUAGGAGGUAUGGACCAGAGGAAGCUCUUUACCGCCGCCGUGGAAUGGCUGCCUAAGAUUGGUUAUCGAAAGCGCGCACAUUUAAUCAAUCCCAUGAUCAGCGGGUUGAAGGGUGCUAAGAUGAGUUCUAGCGUUGAAGACAGCAAGAUCGAUUUGCUAGACCCAGCCGAGAGCAUCUCAAAGAAAAUUCGCAAAGCGGAAGCAGCUCCUCGGGUUGUCGAAGAUAAUGGAGUUAUCGCACUAGUGGAAUAUGUUCUCCUACCCGCCGCUGAUCUGAAGGGCAAGAAGGAGUUCCGAGUCGAGCGAAGGGAGGAGGAGCCAUUGAUCUACACCGAUAUCAAGCAGCUUAAGGAAGAUUAUGCGAACGAUGUUUUAACGCCACAAUUACUCAAGCCUGCUGUAGCAGCGGGUCUUGUCGACCUUAUGGCACCUAUACAAGCGGCGUACCAAGCCUCUCCAGAAUGGCAAGAGAUUACUCUGAAGGCCUACCCCCCUCCAGUUGUGGAAAAGAAACAGAAGAAGGUCAAGAACAGGGGCACUCGCUUCCCGGGCGCUAUGGUGCAGCAGGCCCAAGCGAAUGGUGUUGAACCUACGGAGAAGUAG